AUGAACGCAUGUCCAUCUCAUGUUUUUUCCCUACCAAAUUGGUUACCGAGACUUUCAGCACCUGUACACGAAUUUAAUUCUACACCUCCAACUUAUGCUAAAAUUACGGCUAUCAUCAAAAGAAUGAAAACAGGUAGCUCUGCGUGCCCGCGUGAUCAGCUCUCAAUUAUUCCCUUUAAAAAAUCUGCAUACCUUAGAUCUUACUUGACAACAAUCAUUCAAAUGGUAUGGAAAUCGGGCCAAAUUCCUGACACUUGGAGAAGAGCUGCAUCAAUUCUUAUUCACAAAAAAGAAUCAACUGACGAUCCUCAAAACUUAAGACCAAUUACCCUGCAAUCAGUGCCUCUCAAAAUUUUUACAUCAACAAUACGGAAUGCCAUGUAUGAGUUUCUAUUAAAAAACAAUUAUAUUGAAAAUAGGAUUCAAAAAGGAUUUACUCCGGGAAUGUCCGGCACUUUUGAACAUACGGCCCAUUUAGCAUACUUAAUUAGACGAGCGAAAAAACAACAAAGAUCUCUAACAAUAGCACUACUUGACUUAAGAAAUGCAUUCGGCGAAGUCCACCAUAACCUGAUUCAAACAGUACUAAAAUAUCAUCAAAUCCCCGAGCAUUUUCAAAAUUGUAUUGCAAACCUGUAUACUGACUUCCGUACCGUAGUGGUUACGGAAAAAUAUCUAACACCGUUCCUUAAAGUGAGUAAAGGAGUGCUACAAGGAGAUUGUUUGAGCCCGUUGUUGUUCAACAUGGUAAUGAAUACGUUUAUUCAAUACAUUAAAACGGAUCAGUUUUGUCAACUCGGAUUUAAUGCUGGGCAGCCGUUUCUAACCCCCAAACAUUGGUUUCAAUUUGCCGAUGACGCGGUGAUAACAACAGGUGAGGAGUACGAGACACAAAUAUUACUGAAUGCAUUCACCAAGUGGUGUAAUUGGGCAAAAAUGACGCUAAGAGUCGACAAAUGCAAGUCAUUCGGAAUUAUCAAAAGGAACUCAUUAUCCAAGCAGUAUUUUCCGAAAAUUUACGUUAACCACGGCUUAAUUACAGCGGUAAAGGGGAACGAAAGCUUUUGUUAUCUCGGUAGAUUUUACAACUUUCCGAUGGAUAACGUAGAACAUAAACAGUUCUUGCUGUCUGAGACUAGUAGCAUCUUAGAAAAAAUCGAUCGUCUCCCUCUACACUCAAAAUUUAAGCUUGAGUUAUAUAUGAAAUAUCUGCUCCCGAAAAUAUCUUGGCAUCUCACUAUUGCAGACAUUGAUAGAACAUGGAUAAAGCAAACUUUAGACACAAUGUGCCACAAUAAAUUUCGGACAUGGCUUGAGAUACCACCAAACGGCACCCUUGACAUAUUGCUUCUUGGGAAAUCCAAAUUUGGUUUCGACAUCAUCGAUGUAUCAACAAAAUUCACUGAAUGUCAAGUAAUUUUGCGAAAUAAAUUAAAAGACUCGAGUUGUCUAGACACCCAAAACCUUUUCUACGCAUCUAGCUCAAACUGUAAUGUGCAGUACGAUGGUUUCUCCACCGCAAAACAGGUUGCCAAAGAAAUUAGGAAAGAUAAGAUCUUUAAUAUUGAAAGCAAGCUAACGUCGCAGAGUCUUAUAAUUAAGUCGAUUUGGAGAGAUGCUUUCCAGGGUACAGCGAAAGAUUGGCACUCGGCAGUUGACAAACUCCCUAAAAACAUAUACAACUUCGUAACUAGAUAUUUAAAUAACACCCUACCUACAUUAACAAACAUGGUUUUGUGGAAGAAAGCUCAAAAUAAUCUGUGUCAUUUCUGCUUGAAUGUGCAAACACUACAACAUAUAGCGUCUUCUUGCAAAACAUCCCUGGACGAAGGUCGAUACACAUGGAGACACAAUUCAGUGCUGAAACACCUAGCAACGUACAUAUCUAGUGUCAGAAGGGACUUUCACGUUUAUGCAGACAUUUCUGGUUUUGAUAAUCCAUCUGUGAUCACAGGCUGUAAUGACCGACCAGACUUGGUAAUAUCAGACAACAACCAAAAUAUAUAUGUUAUUGAAUUGACAAUCGGCUUUGAAACUAAUAUGGCAAAAAAACUGUUUAAGGAAAAGGGAACGAUACAAGGAUCUUUGUAA